GCGUAAAGCCAUGGCCGGCAACCAAUUCCUCUCCAUCCUCGGCUGGUGGUUCGUCCCCACCGUCGUCGCGAAGCUGCAGUCGCUGCUCUACUCCAUCUUCAUCCGCGCCGGAGACGCGCACCCACCGCCCGGGAGUCCCAAAUUCAUACGACACCGCAAGAUCAUCCACGCCCUCGUCAUCGGCGCCUACCUAGUCUACACCAUCGUCGAGGCCGACUGGGAGCUGCAGCGCGCAGGCGACUUUUACACGGCGCUGGGCGCGGCGCCCGACGCCAGCGAGCGCGCCCUGCAGUCCAAGUUCCGCCGGCUGACGGUGCUGCACCAUCCGGACAAGAUCGCCGCGGCGGACGCCCGUCCCCAGGCCGAGCGCUACUACGUCUACCUCACGCUGGCGCGCGACACGCUCGUCGACCCCGCCAAGCGCUUCGCCUACGAUCGCUUCGGCCCCGACAUGCUGGCCUGGAAGCACUGCGUCUCGGUGCGCGACUUCGUCAUGCACGGCGUGCAGAGCGCGGCGCCGUCGUAUGCCGCCAGCGCCUUCGCCCUCGUCGUCCUCGGCAUGCUGGGCUACCUCGAGUGGGGGCGCUACUGGCGCUACCUCGCCUUCGCCGCCAUGCUCACGCUCGAAGCCUACGCACUAACGCGCCCAACCCUCCCCCUCCUAACCUCCGUCCUCAACCCCCUCCUCACACGCCUAACGACGCACGCGCCCCUCCUCCCCUACCAAGCCCUCGCCAUCGCGCGCAAAGGCACCUUCGCCUCCUUCAUCGCGCUCUCACAGCUGCAACCCCUCCUGCAAAACCCGAACAAGACGUCCCACGCCAGCGCGGCCGCCGAGGCUGCCGCCCACCACGAGCAGCUGACGCGGCUGGGCGUGCUGGCGCGCGGCGCGGACGUCGCGGCCGCGAACCUGCUUGCGCUCGAGACAAUGCCGUUUGCGGGCGAUAAGGCGAGGGAGCGGGAUCUCGCUGCGAGGCUCAAGGAUUGGUUGGUCCAGAAUAGUGUGAGGAGUGAUCCAGUUGUGAGGGAUGCGUUGGGGCGCGCGGUGAGGAGGCGGAGGGAGGCGCCUGCGGGGGCGAGGGGGACGACGUAGGGGUGUGGUGUAGGGUAGGCUUUUGUGUUUUUUUUUUUUUUUUUUUUUUU